GAAUUGAGCUGAAAGUAUUUGCACAACGGAUUGAGAUGUCGAAUAAAUAACAUGAGGACUCCAAAAGGUCACCACGCCUUCAGGUUUGUGUUUUUGUUAUGUUUGGACCUGAAGGUAUGCACUGCGUGUGCUAUCACAAUUGGAUACUCUCUGGGUAGCUAGCUAAUAUUACAUCUGUCUAACAACUUGAAAAUCUAGUGACCAGUCAGUCAACAACCAGGCUGCAGCAGGCACUUUUCCAUAGCUGCCAAAUCUGUUGCGUUAUUGUCAGUAUGUGUCAUCUACAGCUGAGGACAUUGCUUUUUGUAGCGUGGGUGUUGGGCUACAUCGCCUUUCUGCUCGCAACUAGAAAGAUGUGGACGGGGAAAUACGUGCGCAGUCCACUCGCUCGUUCACUUUUCAUGAACAUGGUGAGCGAAAGCGAAGAAGCCGGACAAGAAACCCAGGAGGUAAGUGGUUAGCUACAGAGUUACCUUUAAACAAAUAAACAACUCGAUUUGCUGUCAGAGUAUAUCACACUUCUCCCUGACAUGAUUUUGCUUAAGUGAGCAUUUUAAAGGCACGAUUGUGCAUUCAGCAAGAACCAGCUACUGUAUUUCCUUGGUUGCCAGGUGGAAUAGAAGUCAUAUUUCCUUCUCACUCAAAUAUUCAAGAGUUUUUCAUAUUAUGAAGAGAUUGAUACAAAGACCGGAUAAACCAGUGUUGUGGUAAUGAGUAGUUGUCAUCACUGUCUCUCGCACUCACCCACUUCUCCUCCUCCUUUCCCCUCCCUCCCUGCUCCUCAGUGGUACAGGUGUUCUCCAGACAUGUUGGGGGAGGUGGUUAGGCCUCUGUUUGUGCAGAGCCAUCUGGACCAGGACACCCAGGCUUUUCUGAGACGCAGCAUAGAAAAGUCUGGCUGGAUGUUCACCCAGUUCUACCACUCCUUCAUCUCCACUGUCCUCAGCCCCCUUGUGUCACGCACGUCCAUCAAUGGGUAAGUAAAGACAGCGUUUUAAUGCUGUCAUUAUCUCUGUCUUUCUCAUGCCCUCCUGUCUUCGUCUCUACUUGCUCUCUUCUCACCCUUUUCAAUAUUUUUUUGCCAGGUACUCAUUCUUCUCUUUUCUUCUCUCCCAGGUUCCUAGGUCGUGGCUCUAUGUUUGUGUUCUCUGCGGACCAGCUCCAGCAGCUGCUCCGCGUCGGCCCCGAGUGGCGAGGGGAGAGACUGCUGGACCUAGGGGCCGGGGACGGGGGCGUCACCGAGGUGAUGGGAGCCCACUUCAGAGAGGUCUACGCCACUGAGGUUUCUCCUCCCAUGAAGUGGCACCUCCAGAGGAAGAAGUACAGGUAAGUGAUACACACACACAUACACACCACACACACACCACACAGUCUCUGAUGUCCUCUUCUUUCUCGUAGGCUUUUAGGUAUUGAUGAGUGGCAGCAUACUGGGUUCCAGUAUGACCUGAUCAGCUGUCUGAACCUGCUGGACCGCUGUGACGACCCCCUGGAUCUCCUCAGGGGCAUCCACCGCUCGCUGGUGCCCAGCACGGGAAGACUCAUCCUGGCCGCUGUCCUGCCCUUCCAGCCCUGGGUGGAGAUAGGUGAGAUGGAGCACAGAUCAGUGAUACAGGAUGAAGACUUAGGGCCAUGUCCUUACUUGAGACUUUCAGCUAAAUCAUAUGUUGAUGUCAAUGAGAUAUUUGUGUGAAUGUGCAUGGAACAGCUUUCAUCCUUUCGGGCUGAAUAGUUACAGUAUUUAAAAUAAAAGAUAUGGGGACAGGUAGAAUACUUUUAUUGUUGUUUCAGCUGCCACAAGGCCUUUUCUAGACUAGUCUCCUGAAUCUGAGUGUUUGUUCUGUCUCUAGGUGGGAAGUGGCAGCGCCCCAGAGAGCACAUCAAAGUGAAGGGGAAGAAGUGGGAGGAGCAAGUCACCAACCUGUCCAAUGAGGUGUUCCGGGAAGUGGGGUUUGAGGUGGAGGCAGUGACUCGGCUGCCGUACCUGUGUGAGGGAGACAUGUACAAAGAUUACUAU